GUGCGCACGCACACACACACACACACACAUGUACAUAGGAAAGCUGUUAUUUCUCUGUUGCUAUUCCCAGUAGCUGCUGGCCAGCCAGCACUAUUAUUAAUAAUGUUAUUGUUCCUGCUACUGACUGCCACCUACAGAGUGGCUACAUUACACACAUUGUAACAUUGUACACUAAUUGACCAUAAGGAGAGUCGUUAACUAAGGAAAAAGACCUGCUCCAUAUUGUUAUUGUUUUUUACUUUCACUUUGAAAUUACACAGUUUGUAUAAUCUGACGAAGGAGUGUUAUUGCUUGUUGCUGCUACUGUAGGUGGAUUUUGUCUUUUCACCUGGUUAAUAAGGACAGUGUUUUAAAAAGUAGUGGUGAUUGUUGUACCCUAUGUAAUGAUAGGACCUGAAUGUGGGGUCAUUGGAUCAGAAAUGUUAAAGAAAUGGAUAACUUUUUACUCUGUCACUUUUCCACAGUAUUUGUUCAUUUAAUAUUACUUUUGAUUUUGUUGUCUUGUUUUACAUGUGUGUAAUUAUUGUAUAUAUAAAUACAAGUGUUUGUUUAUCUACACCAUUGUUUGUUUAUUUAUACCAGUGUUUGUGUACUGAUAUACAUACGUAUAUGAUUUGUUUAUAGUGAUCAAAUGCAUGCGAUGUACAUUAGUUCACUCUCUUCCUCCAUCAAAAUCAAUGUUGCCUGAACAGGUGCACAGUGUACCACAUGUCAGGUGUUGAAGUGAUUGCAGGGCAACUCGAAAUGAAAUGUUUUGCAAAAGUUGAACACUCAAACAUCAUUUUUGUUGGGAGAGUCCAUCAUAUAUAUAUGUUUGUGUGUAUGUAUGUUUGUAUGUGUCACUAUUCUAGCACUGUAAUUUCUGUCAGGGACACAUUGUACUCCUGCUCAUUACUCUCCAACAAGAAUCAUCUUAGUGAUUUUACUUUGCAUAUAAUUUCAUGUCUGCUGGUCUUAACCAUUACUUCUGCUUUUAUGCACAACUGAAAUUCUUGCACCUAUCUAGACUGUAGGCAGUAAAAUCUUUUAUUCUGCCAGACAAAAUAAAUAACUGCAGUUUUUGUUUCUACUUAUUUAGGUUUGUUUGUAUUUUGCCCCUUUUAAACUUGUCUUGAGAUUUAUAAAAAAAAAAAAAAAAAAAAAAAAAAGAAAUGAAAAAUAGGAAAGAAAUAAAAAGAGAAAAAUUACUGGUUUAGAUAAAUGUUUGUGAAUUAUUUGCACAAAUGCUGAAAAUAAGUUGAACUGCAAUAAUAAUCAGGACAAAAAUACAAUACGUAAAUUUACUCCAUAGAAUCAGCUGUGGUUGUUAUUGUCUUUUUUGUUUCUUGAAGUUAAUUUAUUUGAUGUGAUUCUCGUGCUUGGAUUGACAAUAUUCUAGUUUUUAUAUACAUAUAUAUUUUUUUCAACUCAUUUACAUCAGUUCAUUUCUGUUUAAAUAUUAUUUAAUUAAAAAGAUAAAAGUUUAAAUUAUUUUCAUUUUUACAUAAAUAGCAUGUGCGUAAACACUCAUGUAACUAAAAUAAAAACACAUGCACAUAUGAAUACACAUUGUCUCUGACUACCUGUCUUUCUCUCUCUCACGCACACAAAUUGAGAUAAAAAUCUAGUUUGAAAUAUGAAAGAGAAAAGAUAUGAACUAGAAGGUAUGUUACAUCCAAGCUCACAAUGGAACACAUUAAAUUCUACAUCUGUUACAUGAUAUUUAUUGACAGCCAAAAGUAAUUACUUCUAUCUCACUCUCUUUUAACCACUAAGUCAACUUUCUCAAUUUUCUGUUCUGAAAAAUUUGUAACACAUACUUCUAUAAUUUCAUGUCAACAACCUUAAUUAAGUUGUUAAUUGUAAUUAAAAGAAAAUAUUAAAAUACAAUAGAAAAGUUAAUAGAAAUAAAAUAAUAAAAAGUAAAAUGAAUGAGUUUAAUAAAAAAAAAACAAUAAGAAAGCAAUAGUAGUUUCUAUAUAAAGUGGUGGGUGCAAAAUUAGGGGAUAACCUCUUGUCCUACAUUCUAUGGAAAGCAACCUCAACUUUCAAUAAACCUGAUUGAUAUAAAAUGUGUGGAUUUCCACUAGCUGAACAAUGAACCAGCUAACAACCAACCAGCAAGUGUCUUUAAUUCUGUGGCUCAUCUCUUCCUAUUUCAUUGGCUGCUCCUCCUGACCAACAACUGGCACUACCCAAUAAAUUGUCACCUUUGUACUGAGCAAUUGGUAUUAUUUCAGUGAAAUGCCUCACCUUACACUAUACCUGGAUAUUCUAACAAGAAAACAAUUGGAUAAUUACCUAAUGUCAUUUGUUAUUAUUUUUCACUUGCCUUAUUAUCUGAAAAUUUUUGCAAAGUGGAUAUAUUUUUUGGUUGGUGGCCUUAUUGCAACUGAACCAAAAGCAAAUAUAAAAUGUGUUGCACAGACCCAGUGUUGGGAGGAAUACUUAUGCUGAUAAAUCUAAUCUGUUUGGGUCUCACUACUCAUGACCACUGUCAUGCAGAUGCGUUGUAGAUAUAACUACUCAAAGAUCUUCUCCAACUGCUCCAAUUUGAAGACUUUGGAGUGGCCAGAGGAUAAUAACCUGAUUGUCAUUCAAAUUUUAUUUGCUGUUCUCGGAUCCUUGUCUUUUAUUUUGAACAGUUUUGUUCUGAUUGAGUCAAAAAAUGCUAGUGGAGGUCAAAGCCCUUCAUUAGUUUUUGUUCGAAGUUUGAUUGUUGCUGAUGCCCUCAUAGGGUUGUUUGGCGUUGUGAAAACAAUAUAUAUAGAAUAUCGCAAAAUUCGUUCUAUUGAUUGUUUUCUGUCAGAAAGCCUUCUUAUUACAGCAUCAACAGCCUCAGCACUUUCUUUGCUCUGGUUGACAGCAGACAGUUCUGUGAGGCUGUCACGGCCGCUUGACUUGCAGUUUCAUAUGCACAAGAAAAAUGUCAUUGCUCUCAUGGUGAUUGUUUGGAAUGGUUCUUUUAUCAUUGGAUUCUCUUCUCAGAUGGGAUGGGUGUUGUUUGAUUACACAUGCUUGUUUUUCUGCUACUACAGUUCCACAUUCUUGCUAUUUGUUGGAAUACUUUGGAAUAACUGUGUUUUCAUCACUAUUUGUUUACUUAUUUAUUAUCAAUGCCUAAACCGACGGAUACAAAACAAUGAUCACAUCCUUACUCUGAGUAGUAAAGAAUACAAAAGAUAUGCAGGAUUGCUCUCAAUAUCAAAGUAUCACAUUAUAGUAUGGCUGUUGACAUAUCUGCCUUUGAUAUUUUACAUUGCCAUUUCCUAUUUCUGUGAUGAGGACAAUACAAAGCCAAGUUAUACAAUCCUCUAUUUUUUACUUCUACCUCUAUUCAAGUCUAUUACAUGUGCUGUUCUUCAUGCUUAUCAAUGCCAAGAAAUUAAUAGUGUGGUAACUAGCCACUGGCACAACUUUACAAUCUGCUGCUGGAGAUAUUGCUGUCAAAACACGUCUUCUACAUACAACAUUGGUUUCACAGCAAACACUAUGGCAACUGCACCCAUCCAUAUACAACACUCUUGCCAGACAUCUAAUUCCCGACCAACACUAUAUGAUUCGGACAGAUCUUUAUUUGCUUCAAAUUACAAUUUGGUAUCAAAGCAGUCAUCCAUGACUGUUCAUUGUAAUGACAAUCUUUUAUUUGAGCAAAGUUCUGUAGAAAUCGUGACACGUUUAUAGCUUAAAAUAAACCACAUGUAGGUAUAUAUGUGUUUGUGUAUACACAUGCAACUCCACUACAAAUGAACGUAACAUAUUUGAUGGCAUAAAGGACAUGUAGGUAUAAUUAGAUGCAUCUCAAUUCUAGCUGUGCAUAUUUAUGAAAAACAGUUUCUAGCAUAUCGAUGCAUGUAAUAUAGGCCCAGCUUUGCAUAAAAGAUCUGGGAUAAUUUUUGGAGACAUUGGAAGGAAACAGUGUGUGUCUUGUAUGCCAUCAAAUACAGCAAUUCAUUUCACUUCUUCAAGCAAAGAGACUAAUAUUCUACUAACAUAUUUGUGAUAUUUAUGUCUUUAAAAAACAAAAGAAAACAGAAUAUAUAUAUAUAUUAAUCUACAAAUUGGCUGUACCCAUGAUAUUGCAAACUUUUAAAGGAAUGUCACCAUUCUCUCACAACCUACAACUGCUGUCUCUUGUCAUAUGCUGAAAUAUGAUUACUAACUUCUAAGUUUUUAUAGAAGUUCACAAAAUUGAGUGAAAAUGGACUUGUUUGAAAUUUUUGUCAUCCUUAAUAAUCUUACUGUUUUUAUAAUUUUUAUAAAAGCAAGAAAUGUUAAUCUACAUCAACCUUUAAGUUUUUGGUUGACUUCAAAAUCCACUUUCAAUUUAAAUGGGAUGUUCUUUAUUUACUAAUGCUCUUGAUAAAGACAUGCCCUUCACAGCACCACAUUUUAUUAACCUUGCAACUUCAUAUCUACUUAAGAAAUAGUAUUUCUCAUGUAGUGGUUUUUGAUUUAGUAAAAUAUACAACUGUGUACUCUGUGCUAAGUUUAUUUAUGCUCCAUCAAAGCUUUACCACUGUUUAAAGUUAAUGAUGAUGAUGGAAUAUUGAUGCUGAAUAAGAGAUCCAAUGUCCAAGUAAAUGUGGUAUCUGCUUUUUAAUUAGUAAAUUAUUAGUUAGCAUCUUGCCACCUUCUUGCUUAAAACUUCAUCUCUCUGAAUUUACUGAUUUACUUUUUCCAAUCAUCAGGAAAUAUAUCAUUUCUGUUACCUAUCCUGUUUUCCCACUUUAUUUUCCUUAAAAUUCUUAUACCAGCUUUGUGUCCCAAAGCAUUGUUUCUUAGCUGGAGCACACCAUAUUACAUAUACUCACUGAUGCACAAUUUUUUAACUACCAAUACAUGUAAAUAAUCAUAUUUAAGCAGCUAAACACACUAAUUUCUCUUGCCAUCUCACUAUGUAUUUCUGAAAAAAGGUACUUGACUCAGUUUGAUGUAAUUUAUUGUUAAGUUGUUACAGACCUCACUUGAAGUGUGAAAGCAGCCAUAAAAAUAUUGAAGUCAAGUUAGUCUGAAACACAAUAGGUUGUUAAUGCUGUGUAAACUAUCAUUGCUCUGGAGUGGAAUUUCUGUUUGAUCAUUGUGUACUUGGUUAUCAAAUAAGAAUCAGAGUGUAUAAUAAAAAGCUACAAAUGAAAAUGCAAUGAGGGCAAUACAAUGCCCAGUUACACAACACAAUCUUCUAUUGCCUUCAUCUCCAUUCAACUGUUAUGUGCACUGUUCUAAUAGUGUCAAGAAUUCCACCAUGUGUUGGUUAGUCACUGGCAUAACAUUACAAUCUGCUACUGGUAACAUUGCUGCUUGAGCAACUUCUAUGUUUAACAAUGACUUUACAGCAGAUGACAUGUGACUGGAAAAAUACAUUAACUGGACAAGAGAUAUAUCUUUUAAACAGACUUUUCAAAUCCCACAAAUUCUCCAGAAUUGCAGGCCAAUCUAGUUAUUAUUUUCUAUUUUAGUUAGUUAUAUGUUACAAUUGCAUGUUUUUCCUAUUUUUAUUAUUAUUAUUAUUAUUAUUAUUAUUAUUAUUAUUAUUAUUAUUAUUAUUAUUAUUAUUAUUAUUAUUGUUCAAAGGUGAAAUUCAUGAGGAAAUUACUCUGUGAAGUGUGUUUUCUUGCUAGGCUUUUGAGAGUUUAACUUUGGUUUUAUGGCAUUAGACAAUUAAACUGUUGAGAACAGAUAACGUGAUGAUCCAUGGCUGGUACUAUAGACAAAUGAUCUGAUACUAACCUUACUGAUUUAGACUUGUCCAGUUAAAGUUAUACUAUCUAUCUUUGACUGUAAAUGCUAACAGCCUCUUCUGAGAGCAAUAUUUUCAGCAGCACAUUGUAAUGUCAUCUACAACAAAACGUCUCCAACAGAACUGAACUCAAAAUCUAUUAGUUGUUCUCUAAACCAUUCACUUAGCCAUUUUGGUUCUACAAUAAAGACUAUUUUAUUGUACUUGCAUUUACUAAGAGUAUUAAUUAAUUAUCUUCGAAUUAGAAACAAACACAUCUAGCAUAUAAAUAGACAUGAGUUAUUUGGUUGAUAACAAUAAUACAAAUAAAUAUAUACAUUUGGUUGACAAUAAUGCAGAGAGAUUCUGUUCAGGCGUUUGACAACAGGCAAAGUCACAAAUCAAACUAAUGGAUACAUGAUACGGUCACUUCCCUAUUAAUUAGUCAGUCUCGUAUGUUCCAUGAAGUGGUCGUUUAUAUUUCUAACAAGAGCUAGUACAGUUUUUUGUUUUUUUGUAUUGCAUUUCUUUUAGAAUUAGCAUUUUAAGUUUUUACUCUCAUAAUAAUUGUAAUUAAACAAAAGAAGACACUGUGUUUUGGGUUUUUGUAUGAGCCCUUACAAAUUAAUAAACUUCCAGUUUAAACCAGAUUGACAAUAUUUUCACAAACUGUAUCAAUAAAAUUAUAUCAUUGUUUUUAGUUUUGUUUACUUUAAGUUUCUUA